CAGUCAAGCUAACAUCUAGCUGGUAAGAUGUGAAGAUGGCGGAGCUUCAAAUGCUUUUGGAAGAGGAGAUUCCGGCUGGACGAGGCGCUUUACUUGACAGUUAUGCCAAUCUAGAAAGAGUCGCAGAAUACUGUGAGAGCAAUUAUAUACAGUCCCCUGAUAAACACAGGGCUUUGGAGGAGACCAAGAGCUACACCACCCAGUCCUUGGCCAGCGUCGCCUACCUGAUCAACACACUCGCCAACAAUGUGCUCCAGAUGCUUGACAUCCAGGCGUCCCAGCUGCGCCGCAUGGAGUCCUCCAUCAACCACAUCUCACAGACGGUGGAUAUCCACAAGGAGAAGGUGGCCCGCCGGGAGAUUGGCAUCCUCACGACCAACAAAAACACUUCCCGCACACACAAGAUCAUUGCACCGGCCAAUCCCGAGAGGCCUGUACGCUACAUCCGCAAGCCCAUUGACUACGGCGUGCUGGAUGACGUGGGCCAUGGCGUGAAGGUCAAUGCACAGAACAUGAAGGCAGGUGGGACGAUCCCCCGCACUGCAGCACCGACCCAGAAGCCCCCGAGCCCCCCUGGACCAGGGAAGGGCACUCUUGGGCGACACUCCCCCUACCGGACGCUCGAGCCGGUGCGUCCUCCCGUUAUUCCUAACGACUACGUGCCGAGCCCGACACGAAACACUGCCCCGGCCCUGCAGAGCCCGGCACGCACCGCAUCUGUUAAUCAGAGGACCCGCACGUACAGCAGUGGCAGCAGUGGCGGCAGCCACCCCAGCAGUCGCAGCAGCAGCCGGGAGAACAGUGGCAGCGGAAGUGUGGGCGUGCCCAUCGCCGUGCCAACCCCAGCCCCUCCCUCAGCCUUCCCAGGGAACGGCCCUCAGUUCUACAGCAUGAACCGACCAAUGACACGGCAGGCCACACCCAACGUGGGAGGAUCUCUUCCCUACCGCCGCCCCCCAUCGGUGACUGGCCAGCCGAACCUUCCCCAGAAUCCGAAUCCUACUCCGGCCCCGAGCCAGAACCAACUUAAUGGAGGACCACAUUACCAGAACCAAGGUCCAGCAGUGGCUCCCCCUCCCCCCUCGAUUCUGCAGAUCACUCCUCAGCUUCCGCUGAUGGGCUUUGCCGCCAGGGUGCAGGAGACCAUCUCGGACGCGCCGCCACCCCCACCCCCUGCCGACGAGCCGGUGUUUGAGGAGACUCCCCCUCCACCACCCCCAGAGGACUACGAGGAUGAGGAGGACGAGGAGGAAGAGUCUGCCGUGGUGGAGUACAGCGACCCCUACGCUGAGGAGGACCCGCCCUGGGCCCCACGCAGCUACCUGGAGAAAGUGGUGGCCAUCUAUGACUAUUCGCGUGAUAAGGAGGACGAGCUGUCCUUCCAGGAGGGCGCCAUCAUCUACGUGAUCAAGAAGAAUGACGACGGCUGGUACGAGGGCGUUAUGAGUGGCACCACGGGCCUGUUCCCCGGCAACUACGUCGAGUCCAUCAUGCACUACGCUGACUGAGCCCCCGACACACACACACACACACACAGCCCCCCCUCCACCCUGAAACACCUACAUCAUGCUCAUCCGCUGCCCACUGAGCCCCUACACACACACACACACACACACACACACACACACACACGGGAGUAAACACUCCCUUUAUCCUCCUUAAUUCACAGUGCUGCUCCCGCCAUACCAUCUGCUGCUCUUCAACAUACACUCUCUCUCUCUCUCUCUCUCUCUCUCUCUCUCUCUCUCUCUCUCUCUCUCUCUCUCUCUCUCUCUCUCUCUCUCUCUCUAAGUAGAUACCUACGGAUACAGAAACUAUUUACAUAACACCCACACACUUUCUUUCAAUGAUUCAGAACACACACACAUACACACACAUACACACACACACACACACACACACACACACACACACACACACACACACACACACACACACACACACACACACACACGCGUAUGUACUCAGAACUUUCCCAUCCCAACCUUAAGUUUUGAGUGAUGGAUAACUGGAAGAGACUGGAGGUGUGAAGUGGAGGAGUGGAAAGAGUGAAGAGGACCGAGACUUGACUUGGAGAAAAUGCUACAUAUUUUGCCUGAGGAAACAUUUACCUGAAGUGAACUGUGAGAUUUAGUUCUUUCUCAAUUUUCUUUCUUGUCUUAAACCGUGUACCCAUGAAGUUAAGGGUGUAUAGUAAAGACUGUAGUGUAUGUGUGCGUGGGUGUGCGUGCGUGUGUGUGUGCUUGGUGUGUUUUGAGUGUGUGCGUUUGGAUAUCAGUAGUUGGAGAAAAAAAUCCAGAAUCUGACUGACCAAACCUACAGGUCAUUAGGACUCUUUGGAGGACUUUUAUUUUUUCCUCAGUUUGAACUCUUGUGUAUUUCUUUCCAUUUCCUCCUUUUUGAAAUAAGCUUGUUUGCUUCCUUAUUGCUUUGAGUCGGUGUGUGGAUUUGCAUGCUUUGUGAAGUGAGAAGUGUUGCUGUGAACUGAGACCGAGGAAGAGGGGAAUCCAUAGAACUCGCUGUCUUAUACCUCCUUCUUCUCCCUCUUACCCCCCCCCACAUACACACACACACACCUUAAAUUUCAGUUCUUCUUACCCUCAAACAAUUACACUUCAUACGUGACUUUACCUGAGAGUGCUCUGAAAGGAGAGAAAAGCAUGAACACUAAGUGGUUGAACACUAAUAUUUUGUCUUCAGACUGCCCCUAAAAGCUUCUUGAGGGCUUGUUACUGCUAAUGGUUAUCAAUGACCUGCAUCUGCACCACACAUUUGAUCAAACUGACUUUCCAUUAUCCAGAAACACGCUAGCAACAGCCAUGGUUAAGCUUGUGAGAGACAGAGACAGAUAUUUAUUUUUCCAUGUAGGGGUGGUGAGAGAUUAUAUUCUAUAUGUUUAUUUUGAGGGAGAAGGGAAGAUCAACUAAGCUAUAUGAAAUGUUUUCUUUUGAUGUGGGGGGUUGGUGUGGUAGGCUGGCAGGGGGAAGUGGGUUAUGGUUCAGGGCAGGAAGGCCGUGGGGGGUUUGGCGGUGGGGUGGGUGAUAACCAAAGGGUCCAACUAUGUUUGGAGUGCAGUGUUAUAUGAGAUGACCUUCAGAGACACUAUAAGCCUCUUCACUCUCAUCCUCAGUCUCGCCCAUUUCUUUACAGUCUUAAUGUUACACAGUAAAGUUACUGAUGGCCACACACACACACAGCGUUUCACAUUUACUACAGAGAGAUAGGAGUCCUAUGAAGAGAGGAACAUUAGUUGGUGCCAUAGACAUGUAAAGGUUCAAGGUUGGUUGGUUAGUGUGUGUAUGUGGGUGAAUGAGUGUGUGUGCAUGAGGUUAAUUUUGUAAUGCUAACCACCUUUACCUUUCAUCGAUCCAGAACCACUACAGCAAAAAGUUCACUCUGUUAUUACCAUUUUUCUUUUUUUUUUGGCAACGUAAAGAACUACUUACGUGCUCUUGCCUAUUUCAGAGUAUCCUGUGUAAAGUGUUGAUAUUCAGAGUUAUAUUGUAUAUGAUAUGAUAUGAUAUAUUGUGUUGAGCAUCAUGUGAAGGCCCAGCAGUGAUUUCAUGCUUACCCCCCUCCCCUGUAUACCGCCUGCCCCCUCCAGUCCUUUACUUGUAUCUGCAAUAACGACAACACGAGGCACAAUGGAUCUGGUGGAUCUGGACCGAAAGCACAAGUGGACUGGGGAGAAACGGCAGAAGUGGCCCGUCUGAGAAUAGACUGGAUCACACACUCAAUGGGGAACCGGUCUUUACAGUGGACCAGCCUACAAAGCAAGAGACUCAUCACAAAACUGACCUUUAACCGAUCAUAUUGUUUGUUCCACGAGUCAGCUGUAUGACAAGGUGCACAGGGGACUUUUCUAUGAGGUACAUUGAUGUCUGUGUCAGACCGUCUGUCUGUCUGUCUGUAUGUGUGCCUGCGUGUUUGAUGUGAAAUGGCUAUUUCACUGUCUCUUAUGUGUGUUAAGUUUACGUUAUUAUUUUUUUUUUCUUUUUUUUUUUUAAAUUGAGAGUUUGUGGACUUGAGUCUUUGCAUGUUGAUUAUCUUUGUGAGGUUUCUUUUUUUCCCUGAUGGGUGAGGACUUUUAUUGGGCCUUCUUUUCUGGGGAGAACACUGCUCAAUUUCUCCACUUCCCCCCUUUGUCUCCUCACUUCCUCCCUGAAUACUGAACUGUAAACAAAGGAUUGAUGCUAGGAAACAUAAUGAUUGUGUUGCCUGUGUUGGUCAUGCCCCCAAGAGAUUUGAACCGUUGGAGAAAAUACUCCUAGGACAAGAUGAAAGACGAGACACACAAUGUUUAGUUGAAAUGGGGCCUUGGUUUUGCAUUGCUGCCUUCAUACCUUGAAAUACAGUCUCCCUUAGCGUCUGCCAGAACCUUGUUACUUAUGCCCAAGUUCCCAAAUGGAUUCAAAAUCUCAGCGCAGGAUAUGAAAGGGACAGUGGUAUGGGAAGAGGCAUGGUGUGAUGGACAGGGAGGGGAUGGAGCUGGAAGGUUGGAGUGUGAAUGAGCAGGAAAGAAGAGCCCCAGUUUAGUGUAGACCCUUUUGAAGAGACCAGUUGGCCCCCUAGUGGCCCAAGCCCAAAACUACACACCCCUCUCCCCCGAAAGCACCAAGGCCCCAUCCAAAGACAACCCCCCCAACUUCUGUACUUGAGUCCAGGUGAAUAAGGCUUGAGUUGAAGACCAGUCCAUAUGACAUGGCAAUCAACUUAAUCCAAAAGGAACAAUAAAAAAAUAAAAUCCGUUGGAAAAAAUAAAUCUUGACUCCAACUUUUUUCCUCCCCUUCUUUUUAAUCAUGUGUUUUUACAGCAGCGUUAGUGUGAAAAAAAUGUAUGUAGAAUAUCAGUAAGGACACAUGCCAGAGGGUUCACUUUAAACAUUGGUACUUUAAUUGUGCCGUUAGUCUCAUUCACACAGAGGUGAUGCUGUAUGGUUAGUUACACAGACUUCAGCUACCAGACCUCUGUAUGAUACAGGUAUACCCUUAAAAGAAAAUCCUCAUCAUUCAUCUUAUUACAAAACUGAUUUUAAGAUUUUUAACAUUAAAUAUUGCCACAGUCUGAUAACUGUUUACAAAUGUGUUUCUCUACAUAUAAAUUUGUUUUAAAUAUCUUGACACUGGGGUUUUUAAGCUAUUCUCAAACAUCCUCUAUUUUAAGAGAAUGUGUUCUUGCUUGAUUUCUUGUUAAGGAAAUAUACAUAGAAUUGUGCAGUGUAUUAAUACAUACAGCAGAUAGAACUGUAAAAAAAGAUUGCCCUAAACUACGUAAUCUUGAUACCAAGUGUCACUAGUACAAAAAUCAUUCUCUAUGCAAGUAUGUAAUAUGUUCAUGAGUGGCUAUAUUUCAUACACUUUCAAUAAGCCAGUAAUUUCUUCCAGUAAGUCAUAUGGUAAAGAGAGCUGUGAGGAAGCUUCACAGUUUAGAUUUUAUCACAGGCCAAGCAUUUAUCUUAUUACCCACCAAAAAUACACGCAUUAGGCCUGUUUGAAGUUACUGAAUUUGUUACUUUUUUUUUUCUUUUUCUUUAAAUCUUUUGUCUCAUUUUCAUUCUCUCUUUCCACACCAGUGUAGCUUGGGGCAAAAACAAAAGCAUUUCUUUACAUUUUAAAAACAUCCAUAAACCAUGGACAGUAUCUCACUUGAGAAAAGAUU